UAAAUUUCAAAAAAGAAACAAAAAAAAAAUAAACAAAUAAAUCAAAAAAAAAAAAAUAAUAAUGAACAAAACAGCUUUUUUCAUUGCUCUCUUUAUUAUACUCACUUCUGCUAUUAAAUUGGAAUAAGUUAAUACUUAACUUAAAUAGAUUGAAAAGACUAAAUUCGGUAAAAACCUUCUUGAUAUGAUCUAAUUAUCAUUAACUACAUCUGAGCAUAUAGAUGAUUUAGUAUUCGAAUUAAAAAACUUAGACAAUGACCUCGUCAAGGAAUAAAGCGAUGACGAUUCUGAAAAUAAAAGAAUAGGAGCUGAAUGCGAAGAAGAAGUAGCUCGUUUAACAUAAGAAAUUUCAGAAGCUAAAUAAAAAUCAUCUGAAUUAUAAUCUGAAAUAAAUGCUAAAACACCAGUUUAAUUAUAGAAAUAAAUUUUAUUAAAGGAAAAUGAAUCAUAAAAAGUUGAAUAUUAAAAAAGUAUUGUAGAUUUAGAUGCUUUCAAGGAAGAAGUGGAUAAAUUAUGGGCUACUGUAUAAGAUGAUCAUUAAAAAGCUACUUAUACAAUAUAAAGAGCAAAAGAUGUUAUAGUUGGAGAAUUCUAAAAAGGAUCAGCUUUCUUAUAACGUAAAGAUAUCAAUUUCGUAUAACUUUCUAAACAUUUCAGUGAUUCCGCUAGACAUAAUAAUUUCUAAAAGAAAUCAUGGAAUAAACUUUUUAAAGUACUUUCAUAAAUAACAGCUUCUGCCCCUGUUUAAGCUGAUUCUGGUGCUAUUUAAAAAAUUGUUGAAUUAUGUGACGAACUCUUAUCUAAAUUAGACGAAUCUCUAUUAUAAGAAAGAUAAAAUUAUAAUCACUAAGUUGCUGUUUAUCAUGAUGAAAGAGAAGCCGCAGUUUAACAUUUAUAAGAAACAUAACUUCACAUUGAUAACCUAACUGCCGAAAUACAUACUUUAAAAAGCAGAAUUGAAUAAUGUGAAAAUGAAAAAACCUCCUAAGACGAAAGAGCUGUUGAAAAGGAAGAAGAAUUAAGCAAGAGAAACAUAUAUUGCUUUGAUUAAUAAGAAUAAUACAAAUUGAGAUCUUAAUAAAGAGAUGAAUAAUUGAAAAUCGUAAGAGAAGUUUUGGAUAUUAUUAAUUCUCAAUUAAGAGUACUUAAGAAAUACGUUGGUGAUAGAACCGAUUGAUUUUCUAUUUUUAAAUCAAAAUAAUAGUGAAUAAUAUUAAUAUAUUAAUUAUAUUUUCUUUUUUUUAGUAUAUAUAGUUUUUUUUUUUAAAUCUACAAUUUUUUUUUUUUUUUUCUU